GGCGGGGGGUGACUAGCACUGGGACGGGGCUCUCUCGGCCGGCACCGCCGCAGUUCCUCUCUUGCUGCCUCCUGGCACUUACUCGGAUCCAAAGGCUUCAUCCGAAUCUCACUCACGUAUAAUUGCGUAGCAGAUCGGGAGAGCUGCAAGAAGCGACAGGGACCGGAACGGAGACCUGGGCACCCUUUCCUGUCCAAACGCCCGCCUCUGGAGCCCUUCCAUCGGUGCCCACCGGUGAAGGAGAAGCCCCGGGAGGAGGGACUCGGAUCUUCUAGGAACCGCAGCACCUAGCCCCUCAUCUGUUGUGCGUUCUCUCUCCUAUCACCCCAGCGACUGAGGGGCACAGAUUUCUGGACUGCAGCAGAAGGGGCAAAAAGUUGGGAGAUCUUACCAGUGCAAGUCAACGCAUCCCAGCCCGCGCCGACCCAACGAGAUCCAGGCGGCCGGCGUCAGCUCCACCCCAACCCAAUCCUACAAGGUCCAGGCGGGGUCAUCGGAACCCCACAGCCCAUCGACCCCCGGACACAAAGGAGAACCUUUCCUUAGGAGGGACGGACGGAGUUACACAGUCCCGGAGCAGAGGAUGACCCGGGGGAGGCUUCCCUUUUCCCCCGUGUACGGCGCCGGAGACUGCAGUCAGGACGCACCUCGAGGAGAUCUGUAGACGCCGCGCACCUCCGUGGAUGGACCUGGAAUCGGUGCGGACGCUCACCUAGACCUGGGCGAGGGAGCCUUGCUGUGUCUUCGCUGAUUCUGCUCGACUCUUUCCUUCUCUCUGUCUCCUGGUCCGUGAAGUGAAGCCCUAGGGGUGAAGGACGGGGGGUGCAGAGCGGGGCUGGGGAAUGAACCCACCGCGCUGGGAUCGGGUGUCCGCUCCCUGCCGCUGCUCCUGAUCGGAGGGGACAGCGGCUGCGGCGAGCCUCGUCUCUGCAUCUCCCUCCUUCCUUCCUCCUCGCCUCCCGCAAAUUUGGAAGCCCCGCCGGCUUCACUGAGCUGCCGCUCGGGCCAUGGCUGCGGCUCUCGCCAGCUCUCUGAUCCGGCAGAAGCGGCAGGCGAGGGAGAACAACGCGGACCGGGUGUCGGCCGCCAAGCGACGGAGCAGCCCAAGCAAGGCCAAGAAGUCGCUGUGCGAGAGGCACGGUCUCGGCGUCUUCUCCAAGGUCCGUUUCUGCAGCGGCAAGAAAAGACCGGUCCGCAAAAGAACAGACCCCCAGCUGAAAGGUAUAGUGACGAGGUUGUUCAGUCAACAGGGCUUCUACCUACAGAUGCAGCCAGAUGGCACCAUCAACGGGACAAAGGACGAGAACAGUAACUACACUCUGUUCAACUUGAUUCCCGUGGGUCUGCGGGUCGUGGCGAUACAAGGCGUGAAGUCUGGCCUCUAUGUGGCCAUGAAUGGCGAAGGUAUCCUCUACAACUCGGAGCUCUUCACUGCGGAGUGCAAGUUCAAAGAGUCCGUGUUUGAGAACUACUACGUCAUCUACUCUUCGACGCUGUACCGGCAGCAGGAGUCUGGCAGAGCCUGGUUCCUGGGCCUCAACAAAGAGGGGCAGGUGAUGAAGGGAAACCGUGUCAAAAAGACCAAGCCGUCUUCUCAUUUCCUCCCCAAGCCAAUCGAAGUUUGCAUGUACAGGGAGCCAUCGAUGCACGAGAUUGGGGAUAAAGCUGUGCGCUCGCGGAAAAGUUCAGGAACGCCAACCAUGAACGGAGGCAAAGUCGUCAACCAAGAGGAAUGCACAUAGCAGGAGCAGAGGGGGGCAGGGAAUUUGAACUCAAUCACAGGCACAAUUUACAUCAUAUAAAAGCAAAACUGCAUUCUAUACAAUCCAGAAGGGAGGAUUUUUAUGAACACGUGAGUCCUCAACAUUAACUGAUGAAGCCAUUGCCUGAAAGAGAAUAACUCAAUCAGGACUUAUUCCUUAUUGUUUCCUCAUGCAGAACUCUCCACCUUUGUGGGAAACUCAGCUACGAAACAUUAAAUGAAAAAAGAAACUUAAAUUACCCCAGAAUAUGAAAUUAGAGAAAAAUAAAAGAUCUCAGAAACCAGAAGCAUUUCUCCUGCUUCUCAGCUGGUGAAAAUGUUGGACCUGAAGAUGGGAUUGCACUUGGAAGCUGCCAUCCAGAUUCCAUUCUCACUCAACGAGUCGAGCCAGACGGCAGCUAACUCUCUCUGUCCCAAAGGUCUCAGGUCAUUUGGCCCAACUAUUCACAACCAGGCCACCUUGUACACCCCUGCAUUACUAGGAAAUUAUGGACACUUGAAUCAGAAUCAGGUUUAAUAUCACUGACAUACGCCAUCAAAUUUUUUUGUUGGUCCAUUGGUCAAACCCGCCCCAAAAAUAUUCGGAUGUUUUGCAAACUGGCUCAGCAGAAGGAUGCCCAACUCUUGUUGGGUUGAGGGUGCCACUGCUUUUGCCUUGCUGAACGGUCGGCUAGUGGGAAGGACGCAGUGUUUCAUGUGACUUUUCACACCUGAUGUUGCCCCAUCUUUCAUCCCCGUCACCCACCAUGGAAGCUCUCAAACCUUUCCCAAAUCCAAGCUCCUGGCUGUUCCCUGGGGAGCAGAGCAGUCCCAUCUUUUCCGAGGGGGCCGGAUCUGUGUGCACACGCGGAUUGAACGACCUCAAUCUGUUGCAACAUAAUAACCGCUUUGUAAUUCACCCAUUGAUCCAGUACUGAGUCCCUAAAUGCUUUUCCCUUCAUCAGCCAGUUGUUUAAUGGGGAGAAGACAGGAGAAUGGGGUUGAAAGCAAUAAUAAAUCAGCCAUGAUGGAACGGUGUGCAGACUCGAUGGGCCGAAUGGCCUAAUUCUGCUCCUAAUUCUUAUGGUCUUUGGUUUAGUCAUUCAUUCUUUUGACUGAUUUGUUCUAUUACUUUAGGGAUUGUGAAAUUGCCAAUGAACAGACUUAAACAUGAAUCUUAAGCCUACAAGAACACUUCUGAUAUUGUUCUUCCGUGUACCAUAAUCCUAUAGAGUGUACUCCUGCCUCUCCUCCCACCUUCCUAUUCUGGCUUCUUCCGUCUUCCUUUCCAGUCCUGAUAAAGGGUCCUGGCCAGAAACAUUGCCUCCUUAUGCCUCUCCAUAGAUGCUGGCUGACCCGUUGAGUUCCUCCAGAAUUUUGGUUGUGUUACUCCACAAUUCCAGCAUCUGUGGAAUCUCAUGCUUAGCAGAAGAGAUUCUACAGAUGCUAGAAAUCUUGAGGAAAACACACACCGAAACGCUGAAGGAAUUCAGCAGGUCAGGCAGCAUUUAUGAAUGGGAAUAAACAGUCGACAUUACAGGCCAAGACCCUUUAUCAGGACUGGAAAGGAAGGACACAAAAGCCAGAAUGUGGUGGGGGAGGGGCAGGAGUACAAGCUGGCGAGUAAUAGGUGUGUCCAGGUGAGGAGGGAGGCGAGAUAAAGUAAGAAGCUGGGAGAUGAUAGGUGGAAGAGGUGAAGAAGGACUGAAGAAGAAUGAAUCUGAUUGGAGAGGACAGUUGUCUAUGGGAGAAAGGGGCACCAGAGGGAGGUGAUGGGCAGGUGAGGAGAACAGAAGAAAUAAGAGGGGAGCCAGAGUGGGGAAUUGGAAAACGAAAAGUGGGAGGGAGGGAAUACGACCGGAAGUUGGAGACGUCACAGCAGAUGCUGUCAGGUUGAAGUCUACCUAGAGGGAAUAUGAGAUGUUGCUCCUUCAUGCUGAGCGUGGUCUCAUCGUGGCAGUAGAGGAGGCCAUGGACCGACACUAGCAGAUAGAGGGUCAAACGUUUAAGUGCAUUAAUCUGGACAUUUUAAUUAUAUUCUUCAACUGUAAGCCCCUGUUUGAACUCAGCAGCCUUGACAAUGAGUAGAGCGACCCCACAUACAAAUUGUGGAGAUCCAACCAUUCCACUGUACCACUGUUAUCUUCUUACUAAAGUGGUACAAUUACAGAUCGAUUAAUGGGAAUAUCAUCAUCUCUCAGUGCAGAGAAUAAGGGCCAAUAGAAAAUCAGCCGGUGUUCUGUAUAAAGUUUGAAGCCUGUUUAGAGUUUAGAAUGUAACUCAGGCCUGUAGAUGUUUAUAUGCAGUCAGUAGCCACUUUAUUAGAAGCCUCCUGCACUUAAUAAAGUGGCCACUAGUGUAUGUUCAUGGUCUUCUGAUGACGUAGCCCAUCCACUUCAAGGUUCGAUGUCUUGUGCAUUCAGAGGUGCUCUUCUGCACACCACUAUUGUAACAUGUGGUUAUUUGAGUUACUGUCACCUUCCUGUCCGCUUGAAACAGUCUGGCCAUUCUCUUCCGACUUCUCUCAUUAACAAGGUGUUUUCACCCACAGAACUGCCCCUCGCUGGAUGUGCAUGUGCAUGUGUAUUUUUUUAAAUUUUUCACACCAUUCUCUGUAAACUCUAGAGACUGUUGUGUGCGAAAACCCCAGGAGGGCACAGGACAACGUCAUACCUUCCCCAGAAGUCAUCCCAAUAACCCAGAUUGUAGGAGGCUUUGCAGAGGGUACAGAAGAGAUUUACCAGGAUGCAGCCCUGUAUAGAUCCUUGGAGAUGUGACGCCCGGGAAAUUGAAGCUGAUGAUUCUGCAGACGCUGGAAAUCUUGAGCAACACACAUGAAAUGCUGGAGGAACUCGGCAAGUCAGGCAGCAUCUGUGGAGAGGAGUAAAGAGUCGACAUUUCAUCAAGAGUCUGAAGGAAGGGGGCAAGACAGAUUAAGAAGGUGGGGGGAGGGGAGGAAUACAGUUGGCAGGUGAAACCAGGGGAUGGGAAGGUGGAUGGGUAGCAGAGUGGGUGGGGAUUGAUGUGAGAAACUGGGAGAUGAUCAGGUAGAGAGGUAAAGGGCUGAAGAAGAAGAAAUCUAAUCGUUCCUGCCAUCGUAACAGGAAUAGAUUUCCCCUUGUCCUUACCUACCACCUCAUGAGCUUCCACAUACAGUACAUCAUUCUCCAAAGCUUCUGUCAUCCCAGACGGGAUCCUACCACUGAGCAGAUCGUCCCCCGCACCCACCUCCACUUUCCUGAGGGACUGCAGUCUCCGAGACUCACUUGUCUUCCCACUGCUCACCCUGCAGGCAGGACAAGUGUCACCUCUGUCGCUUCUCCUCCCUCGCCAGCAUUCAGGACCCCCAACCGUCCUUCCAGGUGAGGCGACACUUCACCUGUCAGGUUGUUGAGAUCAUUCACUAGAAUUGCUGCUCCUGGUGUGGCCUCCUGUAUAUCAGUGAGACCCGACGCAGAUUAGUGAACCACUUCAUCAAACACCUUUGCUCUGUCUGCUGUGAAAGAUGGUGUGUGUGUGUGUGUGUGUGUGUGUGUGGUGUGUGUGUGUGUGUGUGUGUGUGUGUGUGCAUGAGUGUGUGCAUGAGUGUGUGUGUGUGUGUGUGUGUGUGUGUGUGUGCAUGCACGUGUCUGUGUGUGCACGAGUGUAUGUGGUGCAUGUGUGAGAGCGAGAGAUACUUCCACUGUGUGUGUGUGUGUGAGUGAGAGUGACUUCCACUCUGUGUGUGAAUAUGGAGAGAGAGAGAGAGAUACCUGCAGUGUGUGUGUGUGUGAGAGAGAGUGAGACAGACAGACAGACAGAGAGAGCUGCAUUGUGCCAAGUCAUUGGGUUUAUUUAUGGCGGAGGUUAAUAGGCUCUUGGUUAGUAAGGGCAUCAAAGGUUACAGGGAGAAGGCAGGAGAGUGGGGUUGAGAGGAAUAAUAAAUCAGCCAGGAUGGAAUGGAAGGGCAGAAUAGACUCAAUGGGCCGAAUGGUUUAAUUCCAUUCCUAUGCCUUAUGGUCUUACAGAGAUCAGCAGUUUGUGAGCUACUCAAACCACAGUCACUCCACAGUCAAAGUCACUUCGAUCACAUUCCUUCCCCAUUCUGAUGCUUGGUCUGAACAACAACUGAACCUCUAGACCAUGUCGGCAUGCUUUUAGCCACUGAGUUAUUGAUUAGACAUUUGCAUUAACCAGCAGGUGUACAGUUGUACCUCAUAAAGUGGACACUGACUGUAUAGUUCAACCGACGAAUAAUCCAAGGUCAGCCUUUAAUCAAAAAUAUUGAGUGAUUUAUGAAUAUCAAUAAAAGAUGCACAGGACUGAGGUAGCUACUUUGUGCUUCAAGACGUUUGAGUACUUUAUAUAUAGUAUAAUACUUGUGGGUACAUGUAGAAUAAUAGACAGCUGUCUUAAUAGGAAGCUCUUUAAUUGAUGAUUCGGGAUUAAUGUGUUAGAUUUAGAGUGAUAGAAGAUUCACAGAAUUGAUUUACUGGGUGGAAUUAGGAGGUUCACAGCGUUGGGUAUGAGUAAUUUUCAAAACAGCAGCAAAUACUGAGCCACAUGACAUCUAAUCGCUCAGUUUAGACUAAGCAGUAUUCCAAAGCAAGUUAUGUUCUGGAAGGUAAUUGAAGAGUAAAAGUUGGGUUUUAUAUAUAGAAUUCUAAGAUAACAGUGUGUGUGGUGUUUAAACCAUCAAAUCCCUCUGGCAGCAUGUAACAAGCUCUUUGUGUAUGUGUUAAUUUUAGUCUCUAUAAAUACCUGGUUGAGGAACAGGAUGAGUAAACAAUGGUCUUGAAAUAUUUCCAACCUUUUCAUCUUUAUGCACUAUAAAUAAAAGAACAAUAAAUAUAUAUUUUAUGGAACGCAGUGAGAAAUUACCCUAUUAAUGAUAGUAUAAUUGGGAGUCAUAAAACUCAUACAGUGUCCACCCAUUUACUUCUGGACGCUGAGUGGUUUUAUGAAGGUUGGCAGAAGAGUCAGGUUGUUUCCUCCAGGGUUAUCACAAUCAGUGGCGUAAAGUGUAGAAAUCAUGGGAUGGAUGGAGAUUUUAAUGGAGAAACCUACUGAAAUCAUAAGAAAUAUAAGCUUCUGCAAACGGGCUUGAAAUACUCAGAAGGCCCACCUCUUGAGGCUGUUCCGCUAUUCAGUAAGAUUGCAACUGGUUGCAUAAAAGGUGUCCACUUUCCAGCCAACCUGUACAACCACCAAUUUCUGAACAGGUUUACAAAGAUACUGCUGGACUCAAGGGCCUGUGUUUUAAGCACAGGUUGGGGAGGAUGGGUCUUUAUUUUGUGGAGUGUACGAGAAUGAGGGAGAAACCUUUACAGAAGUGUUUAUCAUCAUUAGAGGCAUAGAUCAGGUUAAUGUUUUCAACACAAGAGAUUCUGCAAAAGCUGGAAAUAUAGAGUAACACACACUAAAUGCUGGAGGAACUCAGCAGGUCAGGCAGCAUUAAUGGAGAGGAAUAAUCGUUCAGUGUUUCUGGCCAGGACCCAAGUCCCUGUUGAAGUGUCUCGGCCCAAAACAUCGACUGUUUAUUCACUUCCAUCAAUGCUGCCUGACCUGCUCAGUUCCUCGUGCAUUUUGUGUGUGUGGCUAAGGUUAUGUAAACAAUAUUUGCUCCAGAGUAGAGGAGAACAAAACUAUAGAUUUUGACUGAGAGGAAAGAUUUAACAGAGACCUGAGGGGACAACUUUUUCCAUAGAGAGAGGGUGUUAAGAAUAAAAAAACAAGCUGCCAGAGGAAGUGGUUGAGGGAAUAACACCAUUUUAAAAUCACUUUGCUAAGUAAUUGGAUAGGAAAGGUUUAGAACCUGGGGCCCAUGGACCCAAUGCUUGAUGGUAUUGGGCCAUGGCAUAAAAAAGUUUGGGAACCCCUGGCUUAAAAGGAUAUGGACCAAUUGUAGGCAGAUGGCACUAUCUCACUGGGCAGCACAGUCAGCGUGGACAAGUUGGGCCUGUUAUAUUUUGUAACUCCAAAACAUAAAACCAAUCGAAAGAAAAACAAGGGAGCCUGAGAGAUGCAUGUUAACUUCAUUUUUACUUGAAGUGAGGUACAUGUACGUGAUACGGUGGCGUGAUGAGACAUGCUAUUCAUGUAUUUUUACAUAUAACCCAUAAUGAAUUAUGUAAACAACAAAGAAUGCUUAAUCAAACUAUAUAUUUACAAUAUUACUGAAAUAUUAAACACAGCAGGGACAUAGGGUGGAUAUGAAGAUGUUUGAGACUCAUCGAAGAUGAAAACUGGCACUUUGGCACAAGUUGAUAUGCUUCCACGUGAUUGGCUGAUUAGAUAUUUGCAUUAACUGUAAAGCGAAUUUUUGCAUAUUGUGUACUGUUCCGGUCACCGAAUUAUAGGAAAGAUGUCAAUAAAAUUGAGAGAGUAUAGAGGAGAUUUAUUGGGUUGGCUGGGUUUCAUCUCCUAAGUUACAGAGAAAGGUUGAGCAAGUUAGGUCUUUAUUCUUUGGAACGUAGAAGGUUGAGGGGGGACUUGAUAGAGGUAUUUAAAAUUAUGAGGGGGAUAGAUAGAGUUGACGUGGAUAGGUUUUUUCCAUUGAGAGUGGGGGAGUCAACAAGAGGACAUGAGUUGAGAGUUAAAGGGCAAAAGUUUAGGGGUAACAUGAGGGGGAACUUCUUUACUCAGAGAGUGGUAGCUGUGUGGAACGAGCUCCCAGCAGAAGUGGUUGAGGCAGGUUCAAUGUUGUCGUUUAAAGUUAAAUUGGAUAGAUAUAUGGACAGGAAAGGAAUGGAGGGUUAUGGGCCGAGUGCAGGUCGGUGGGAUUAGGUGAGAGUAAGAGAUCGGCACGGACUAGAAGGGCCGAGAUGGCCUGUUUCCAUGCUGUAGUUGUUAUAUGGUUAUAUGGUUAACAAGCAGGUCCUGACAGAGGGUCUCAGCCCGAAACGUCAACUGUACCUCUUCCUAGAGAUGCUGCCUGGCCUGCUACGUUCACCAGCAACUUUUUUGUCUGUUGCAGCUAAUAAAGUGGCCACUGAGUGUAUCGUUUAAUCAAUGGAUAAUCCAAGGUCGGUCAUCAGUCAAGAGGGUUCAAUGAUUUACAUAUAUGAAUAAAAGAUGAAUAGGAGUGAGCUAGCCACUUUCUGGUUCAAAGUGUUUGAUUAGCUUAGAUAUAGCAGAAUACUUGUGGGUAUAUGUAGGCAGUUGUGCUGAUAGGAAACUCUGUAAUUGAGGGUUCUGGAUGGAUGGGUUCGCUUUACAGUGAUAAAAGAUUCAUAGAAUUGAUUUACUGAGUGGAAUUAGGAAGUUCAGGGUUGAGCUCUGAGUAGUUUGUAAACUGGUGUUCAUGUGUACCUAAUAAAGUGGCCACUGAGUAUAUUUAUACGUUAACUACUAUUGACACAAGCAGACAUUACUGCAACACUGACGUGCAAAUUUAAAUUGCUCUUCAUUGCUAUGCAUCAUGCUUUGUUUCCCUUUAACAAAAUCUAAUUGAAGUUCCUACACCUAAUUAUUGAAGCCUCUGCUUGGGGAACGAGAUCCUUUCUAAUCAAGCUGUCUGGGCCCAUCAUCGUCUUAUUCCAGUGCAAACUGUGUUCAGUUUCCUUUCUCUCAUCAGGACCUGAAUAGUUUGGCAUCGUUACUGAGAGAACAAUUAAUGUUACCCAUGUCCGAGAGAACUGUCUUCCAUGAAACUCUGAGAAUGAAUUCCUUCCAAGUGUUGGAUUCUGAAGUUUUUAAUCCAAGUUAAGAAAGGAGCAAAAAAACUUGUUGCAUCAUGGUUGUUUUAUUAAGUGCUAGCAAAACAAAGAUAAUUGGAAGCGGAGAGUAGUGGGAGGGAGGGAAGAUGGAGGAGCUCCCUGGUCAGCUCUUUUUGUACUGUUGAUGAAAAACAUUCCAUUCAAAUUUGCAGAUAAGAGUUAACGAAUUGGAAAGGUCCAAUUUAAAUAACGCAACGCAAAGAAUCGUACGAAUCUUACCACAAGGGCACUCACUGAACAAUUGCAUAUACACACUGUGACCACCAGGAAGUGUACUAAACAGAUACAUGUAUAUAAGUAGUGUGAGAGGGCAUGUGGCUAAGUGGUUAAGGACUAGCGACCUGAAGGUCGUGAGUUCGAGCCCCAGCCGAGGCAACGUGUUGUGUCCUUGAGCAAGGCACUUAAUCACACAUUGCUCUGCAAUGACACUGGUGCCAAGCUGUAUGGGUCCUAAUGCCCUUCCCUUGGACAACAUUAUGGAGAGGUGAGACUUGCAGCAUGGGCAACUGCUGGUCUUCCAUACAACCUUGCCCAGGCCUGGGCCCUGGAGAGUGAAGACUUUCCAGGCACAGAUCCAUGGCCUUGCUAACGGAUGCCUUUAAAUAUAAGUAAUUGUGUAAAAUACAAGCAGAUAAUUAGCUGUUAAACAAAACACACAAAAUGCUGGAGGAACUGAGCAGGUCAGGCAGCAUCUGUGGAGAUGAAUAAGCAGUCAACGUUUCCGGCUCAUUGCUUUCUUCAGGACUGGAUAGGAAGGGGGCAAUUGCCAGAAUAAAAAGGUGGAAGGGAUGGAAAGUAAGACUAACUGGAAGGUGAUAGAUGAAGCUAGGUGGGUGGGAAAGGUUAAGGGCUGUAGGGGAGGAGUGUGGAUCACAGAGGACCAAGGUGGGUGGGGGAAGAAGAAGGGAGGGAGAGGGAGAUGUUUAAUUGUUAAGCUGCAAAGAACAAUUAAGCAGUCUGAUCCAACACAAGACUCCAAUGUAGUCGACCAGACCGUCUUGCUCCCACUCUUCAUUCAGUGACCUGAACUCACUGACUGCACAGUGAGGGCAUUCAAAGCCACAGAGGCCAGUCAGGGGCAAAACUGACUGACUAGCCAGCAGCUUCAACUUCAUCUUCAACCACCCACCACCAUCCACAGUCUCCAUCCUGUGUAGACUGUCUGCUUUGGAACCAUGUAAUCUAAAGGGAAAGACCAUAAGACAUAGGAGCAGAAUUAAGCCAUUCGGCCCAUCAAGUCUUCUCCACCAUUCCAUCAAGGCUGAUUUAUUAUUCCUCUCAACCCUAUUCUGCGGCCUUUUCCCCGUAACCUUUGACACCCUGAGUAGUCAAGAAUGUAUCAUCCUCUGCUUUACGACUUGGCCUCUACAGUCAACAGUGACAAUGAAUUUCACAGAUUCACCACCUUCUGGCUAAAGAAAUUCCUCCUAAUCUCUUCGCUAAAGAGAAACCUUGAAUUCUGAAGCUGUACUCUUCCCCCCCCCCCCGCAAUUAUCAGGAACAUCCUCUCCACGUCCACUCUAUCUAGGCCUUUCAAUAUUUGAUGGGUUUCAAUGAGAUACUAUCUCAUUCUUUUAAACUCCAGCGAGUACAGGCCCAGAGCCAUCAAACAUUCCUCCUGUCUUAACCCUUUCAUUCCUGUAAUCGUUCUCGUGAACCUCCUCUGGACCCUCUCCAGUGCUAGCACAUCUUUUUCAUGUACAGUACAGAUUGAAGACAAGCCGGCUGACUUCUUGCUACUCUCCAUGCCUCGCACUCUUCCACCCCUCUCCCCAUCACCCAUCACCUUCCCUCUUUUCUUCUUUGUGUGUCUAACCGAAGUCCCAUUGAGACCAUAAGUCUAAGGAGCAGAGGAACGUCCUCUUCCCUCAGUCGGUGCCCUCUGGUCCUGGACUCCACCAGUUUGCUUCAUCCACUGUUUCUAUCUGUAGGAACCAUGUUUCCUCUGAAUUCCCUCAUACAUUUCUUAGUAACUAUCCCAAACCUCAUCCUGAGCUUCUCAAUAGAAACACUGGCAACAUUUUAGACAUGCAUCAGUUUUUUUCUAGUGGAAAUAGCUCAGCUGAUUUUCCCCCCCUAAAGUUCAACUUGUUGUGGCUUUAGUAAUAAAAUUGCAGGCCCUUCUCAUGGCUCCAAGGCCUGCAGACAAGCACAAAAGCAGUAGCCACAAGUCAAGUGGAACAACAAGUCGCUAGUCGCCCUCUGCACCUGCGAGCGGACCUCAAGGACCAUCUGACCUGGGGCGAGGCAAAGAGAUCUGGCAGAGUGCCGAGUUAUGCUCUUGCCUCAGACCCGGGGCCUAGACCACCUGACAUGUUGGCAUCAGACCCAAGACUUGAACCUCUUUGGGAGGGUGGAUCGCUGGGUGCACCUCUCAACGGCAGGCAACACAGGACACACGGAAUCGAAGGUGCAGUCAGAAGCCAAUCAUCUCCACCAAUGGAAUCAAAAGGAAAAUGGAACAAGUGAUUUUACUAACAAUAUCUUUAAUUUAUUUCAGGGAGAAAUGUAAAUGUCAAUUUAAUUCUUUUUUUGGAUGUUGAAAACAAAAAGAGCCAAUUAUCUGUGAACCCUUAUAAGAUUUUUUUUUCUAAUGAUAAUAAUUCGUACUGAGUGUAACCUCUCACAAUGUAAAUAACUUUUUGCAUGUUACAAUCUUGUUGAAUCUGCAUGCAAUAUAUUGCUUAGAAAAGUGGAUACGAUUGAACUGGAAGGGAGGUAGUUGGGGUGAAUAUACCAAGUCUGGUGCUCAGUGCACAAUCAGAAGGUGGGGUAGAACCCAGUAAAGUAGUACCCCCCCCGCCCCCGAGUGAGUACAACAGUGGGCAGCCCUGGCUCAUGUCAGGGGGCUGAUGGAACAUUAGUUACUGUACAUCAGGAGCAGAAAUCCCCUUCAUAAAGGAGAGGAAAUUUCACUGGACAAGAAAAUUGGUCAAGCCUGUACUUGUUACAUUCACUGCAGCCCCCUCCAUCACCCUGUUUUUUGCCUUUCUCUAACAUCAGCCCACCACCCAUACACUGCUCUCACUGGGUCCCCUUACCCGCCCCAAUUGUUUCCAUCUGCCCUCCCCACCUCCCUCUUUUAGUUCCAUGAUCCACCUUCCUCUCCUAUCAGAUCCCACCAUCUGUGCAGCCCUUUGCCACCUCCACCCAUCACCUCCCAGCCUCUGUCGUUAUUCCCAGUCUCCAUCCUCCAUCUACCCAUCACCCUCCUCACCUGGAUCCACCCGUCACCUCCCAGCCUCUGUCGUUAUUCCCAAUCUCCAUCCUCCAUCUGUCCAUCACCCUCCUCACCCGGAUCCACCCAUCACCUCCCAGCCUCUGUCGUUAUUCCCAAUCUCCAUCCUCCAUCUACCCAUUACCCUCCUCACCUGGAUCCACCCAUCACCUCCCAGCCUCUGUCGUUAUUCCCAAUCUCCAUCCUCCAUCUACCCAUCACCCUCCUCACCUGGAUCCACCCAUCACCUCCCAGCCUCUGUCGUUAUUCCCAAUCUCCAUCCUCCAUCUACCCAUCACCCUCCUCACCUGGAUCCACCCAUCACCUCCCAGCCUCUGUCGUUAUUCCCAAUCUCCAUCCUCCACCUGCCUAUCACCCUCCCCAUCUGGAUCCCACCCAUCACCUGCCAUCUCUUGUUCCACUCCUUACCCCUCAGCUGUUAAGAGCAAUUAUCUUUCAGUCCAGAUGAAAGGUAUUCACCCAAAACAUCAACUGUCCCUCCAUAGAUACCGUGUUCUUCCAGAAUCUUGUGCGUGGCUCCAGAUUCCAGUGCCUGCAGACCGGUGUCUCCUGUGAAGUCGUGAGCAGACUUCCCUUUCUUAUGAUUCAGUCGUCUGAGUCUGGGCAGCAAACCCAUGUGGAAUGCCCAGUGUUAGAGUUCAGGCUGCUGGAUCGUUGACUGAAAAAUGCUCUCGCCCACACUUCUGACACGAAGCUAGGAAUACCACUCCUUCUUUUCUCUGUUGCUUAGCCACUGACCGAGAGAGAGGAGAGUAUGUCUUCCUUCCGGGCUGAAUAAAGGAGGAGAAAUGACGUCUCUGCUAGCUAGAGGCAGGGUGGGGUGGGGAUACAGAGGCUGUUUUUUUUAAAAAUCUCACCCCUGACAUCACACUUGGGCAGUACCUGUGUUGUACUCCCUAAUUCGACUUGUGUUUAACACUGGACAACUAAAACCAAACCGCCUCAAGAACUUGACCCAGCAAUAUCUAGUACGUCCCAGUGGGUGCUGGUAGCUAGAAGUUAGAGCAGUACAGCAAAGAAACAGACCCUUCGGCCCACAAUGUCAUGCUAAGCCAAUUAAAUUAGUAAUCAAAAGGCCAAAUAAACUAAUAAACUAAUCCCUUCUGUCUACAUAAGGUCCAUAUCCUUCCGUUUUACACCAAUGCAAACCAUGCACCUACCACUCUCUGUGCAAAAAAAAACACCCCUUACAUGUCUUUUGAAAUUACCCUCUCACCUUAACCCUAACCCUCUGGUAUUAGGCAUUUCAAUCCUUGGAAAAAGAUAUUGUCUGUCUUUACUAUCUCAUUAUCAUUAUGUGCUGUGUCAUAUGACAUCAUCAAUGUGUGCCUGUCAUAUGACAGUGAUCAUGGUCUUUGUCACCAUGAUUGUUUUUGCCAAAUAUUUCUACAGAAGAAGUUUGCCAUUGCCUUCUUUUAGGCAGUGUCUUUAAAGAUGGGUGCCCCCAACCAUUAUCAAUACUCUUCAGAGAUUGUCUGCCUGGCAUCAGUGGUCACAUAACCAGGACUUGUGAUAUGUACCGGCUGCUCAUACGACCAUCCACCACCUGCUCCCAUGGUUUUACGUGACCCUGGAUCAUGGAGCUAAGCAGGUGCUACACUUUACCCAAGGGUGACCUGCAGACUAGCGGAGGGAAAGAGUAACUUACACCUCCCUUGCUAGAGACGUAUUUCUACCUCACCACCCUCUACUCUAUCUAAUCUUAUAAUGGCCUCUCAUAAUCUUUCAGAUCUCUCCUCAGCUUCUACCGUUCCAGAGAAAACGACCAAGUUUGUCAAACCUCUCGUUAUAGCACAUGCCCACUAAUCCAGGCAGCAUUCUGGUAAACCCCUUGUACAUCUUCUCCAAAGCCUUGACAUCCUUCUAAUAAUGGGGUGACCAGUUGGUUGCGGGCAUUUAGAAAUUCCAGUCAGCUAGGGAAAACGAAAACAUUGGCUUAAGCAAGCCUGAUCAUCCAAGCCCGUAUCCUCAACACAACGUCCUUUGACCCUGGUUAUCCAUUGGGAAUUGAAUCCUUGGUGGUACGGAGAUGUCAGUGGCAAGUACAAGUUCAGUUGAAAUUCUCCACUAUUAGUUGUAAGCUGUAAUAUUUUCAUUGCUUUGAUUUGAGGAAACGAGAUUUCCUCCCCUAAAGAUAUAUAUUUAAGACAAUCAAAAAAUGUCACGACUACCCUUUCUAACACUAGUCUUUUAUUGCCCGUUUAACUGGUGAACCAAAUUGUUAAAAUGCAGUUUAAACUUUACAUAAGAAUAUAAGAAAAUGGGAGCAGGAGUCAGCCAUCUGGCCCAUCAAGCCUGUGCCACCAUUUAAUAAGAUCAUGGCUGAUCUGACCAUGGACUCAUCUCCACCUACCUGCCUUUUCCCCAUAACCCUUAAUUCUUCUACUAUGCAAAAGUCUAUCCAACCUUGUCUUAAAUAUAUUUACUGAGGUAGCCUCCACUGCUUCAUUGGGUAGAGAAUUCCACAGAUUCACCACUCUCUGGGAAAAACAAUUCCUUCUCAUCUAUGUCCCAAAUCUGCUCCUCUGAAUCUUGAGGCAAUGUCCCCUAGUUCUAGUCUCACCUACCAGUGGAAACAACUUUCCUGCCUCUAUCUUAUCUAUCCCUUUCAUAAUUUUAUAUGUUUCUAUAAGAUCUCUUCUCGAUCUUCUGAAUUCCAGCAAGUACAGUCCCAGGCAACUCAAUCUCUCCUCAUAGUCUAACCCUCUCAUCUUUGGAAUCAACCUGGUGAAUCUCCUCUGCACCGUCUCCAAAGCCAGUAGAUCCUUCCUCAAGUAAGGAGACCAGAACUGUACAUGGUACUCCAGGUGCAGCCUCACCAGUGCCCUGUACAGUUGCAGCAUAACUUCCCUGCUCUUAAAUUCAGGCCCUCUAGCAAACUUUUCUCCCCUCAGUCAUUUUCCAUGCCUCUGAAUGUCCCUUUGGCCCAUCUACUCAAUGCCAGACAUUGUACCAUUGACUUAAACAUGGACCAUAGCCCUCCAUAUCCCUCCCAUUCAUGUAGUUAUCCAGAUCAACACACACAAAGUGCUGGAGGAACUCAGCAGGUCAGACAGCAUCAAUGGAGAGGAAUAAACAAAUGUCAGUUUGGGCCACGACCCUUUGUUAGGACCUGCCAAUGCGGGCCUUGGCCUCUCCCUAGAUGCUGCCUGACCUGCUGAGCUCCUCCAGUAUUUUGUGUGUGUCACUUUGGAAUCUCACCAUCUGCAGAAUCUCUUGAGUUUAACAUGUACUAAUACAAACCCACAUCCUCUGCUUUCUCCUGGCAGCUCAUUCCACUCUCCCAGCACACGCUGAGUAAAGAAAUUCCCCUUCAGAUUCUCCUUAAAUAUCUCAGCUUUCACCCUUGUCCACUCAUUGAACAGCUACUUGGCCCUGUGAAAUUGGCCUUCCCUUGAAACUCCAUUGUGUCCCUCCCUGAAAGGAGUUACUGGGAAUGGACUGCUGUCUGUAAUUGAAGGCAGAUUUAUGCAAACACUCUUCAUGUUCAUGCAAUACAAGAGCCUAAUUUGAAACUACAAGCUGGAGGCAGUUCCAGAGUUAGCGAAAUCAGCUCUUUCAGUUUCCUGUACAUACAAUAUCCCUUCCCACGCAAUAUUUAAAUCUCAGACUUAAUCACAUUAUGAUCCCCGUAACUUUGGAGUCUAUUCCUUUCGUGUAUUCGUUAUACAACCGUUACCUUCUCUGUACUUACAGUAUAUAUACUCACAAGUAUCCAGUUGUCUUUGCAGCCACCUCAUUCUCCUCACAGGUCCCCAGGAACCACCAGAGUCAAAAUAAGUUUAAGAUUAGCUUUGUCACAUGUGCAUCGAAACAUGCAGUGAGAUGUGUGGUUUGCACCAACAACCAACACAGUCCGACUGUCGGGGGCAGCCUGCAAGUGUCGCCAUGUUUCUGGCGACAACAUAGUAUGCCCAUAACUUUCUACCCCUAACCCAUGCAUCUUUUUGGAACGUGAGAGGAAACUAGAGCACCCAGUCUUUCAGUCACUGGCAUGGUAAAGUAUUACGCUGACUGCCUUCCUUAACAUCUCAAUCUGCCCUAGCUGCUUUUAAUUGGGCCUUGUGUUGCUGUGGGUUUGGUUUAGUUUGGUAGAACAUUUGACUGACUUGCACCAAAUAUCCAGUAAUGUCUCCAUACUUGCUUAACCCAUCACCCCUACCAGGCAUGGGCCGCCAAAAGCAGCUCGCCAGGAUCCUCCGGCCUGGGCCAGUCUUCCCAGUUGUGUAGCCCACCUUUGAAGAUCCUUCCUCUCCCAGGAACAAGGUUUUCUGAGCCUCUGUUGGUGUUUCUGUAGCUGAGGGAUUUUAUGGAUGGGGUUGCUAGCUGCAUCCCCCAAAUCUCUUCCUUUUGCAGCCGGGCUUGGGACUGUCCAUGGCAGAGUUAGUGACGUCUCCCAGUGUGGGAAAAGACCUCCCAUGGAACGCACCUUCUUCACGUGAACACUCCAGCACUCAGGGUGAAUGACAAAGUUGGGCAGGGCCUAGGAGCAGGCUUCUAUCUUCUUACCACAGAGCCAGGGUCCUUCGGUACUAAACAUGAGGUCAUCUUAAAACGUAGUUAUCUCAGAUUGCAUAGGUUCAUCGAACCCUAACACUGCGUGUUACCGUUUCCAAUGUUCAGCGUCUGGUGGUAUUAUUUGUAAACGAUGAACCUACAGGGGUUGCUCCACUGACUCCAUUUGAUGUGGGUCAGAAGUCUGACUGAUACCAAGAGUGACCCAUUAAAACAAAAACAGGGGCAGCUCACCCUCAGAGAGCCAGUGCAUGUCCGUUUAUUUCAGGAGUUCUCCUGGUUAAUGAAUUCAGUUUUGAGUGGUUUGUCAAUACCCGACAAAAACCUCUUCAAUAUUUUAUCACUGCGGUUUGAGAGCCUGGACUCAUUCAGCAAAAUUCUGCUUUUCAGUUCCAUAUUUUCCUGUUUUGUUUCCGGUGAGGUUCCCUGUAUAUGUAGUUGUUUUUUAUCGUUUCAGUCCCGAGCAGCAGGUUGUAAAUAGUUCAGUCAAUAAUUCUACGAAUAGAUAUAUCCAGAUUAAAGAAAGACUUGCACUUAAUACUGCGCCUUUCAUACCCUCAGGACAUCGCAAAGCACUUUACAGCCAAUGGAAUACUUCUCAAAGUGUAGUUAUCUCUGUAACGUCGUCAGCAUGGCAGCUAAUUUGCACAUAACAAUAUCCCACAAACAGCAAUAAGUGGUAAUUCAUGGAUGUGGGGCCGAGGCAGUUUAACAGGUCAGCCGUCGGUUUGCAGAACAGAGGGUGAUUGAGGUCACUGUGGUUGCUGUUCCUGAUCGUUUAUGAAUGGCCUUCUGUGGGAUAAAUCCCAGGAUAGUGGAGGGAAUCCUCAACUUCUGGGGUCCAAAAUCAGAUGGGGUCCCCAUGAUAUGUUUGUGCAUCAGUACUCCACAAACUGGUUUGUGUGUGGUCGGGUCUCAUGGGCCAGCGACCUUCUCCCACAGUCCACAGUUGCUCUGUUGUGUCCCACAGUAACAGCUUCCGAUGCUGGCCGCUCUCAAAUCGGCUCCUGGCGGUUUAAGAUGACCUUGGUGGAGGUUACCUUGAGGCGGGAGAGAGCCAAGGUCCAUUCCCACAUGUGCACGGGGCAUCGGGAGACUGCAGCAGAGGGGAACCAAGGGGGAAGGGGGAAUAGGGACACCAAGCACACUCAGCACCUUCAAAACACACAGAGACCUUGUCAUGCUUGACAACAGCUGCUAGAGGCAAAUUUUUAAUUUCUUAGCUCGUUCAACACAUGACUGACAGUUGUCAGGUUUUUGAAGCCAUUUCUGUGCGACAGCCCUGGUAGAAGCAGAGGAGACUGAGCCCAGCCCCAAUCUCCUUUCCGACUGCUUCAAGUCAAGCUUAUACGUGGUCUGCUGAAUGCACAAGGUGAAAAGCCAGUCAUACAAUAAACUCGACACACUGUUGUUGAAAUAAAUACACAAAUAAAUAAAUCGA